AUGCCUCGCUACUCAAUUGAGGAAAGAGUUUUUCUAGUUUCGAAUUACUAUGCAGUUGGUAAAAGUCCAUCUGAGCUACUCAGAAAAUGGUCUAGUGCUUAUAAAAACAAGCCAAAACCACAAGCUGCUACCGUAAUGGCCUUAAUAAGAAAAUGGGAAGCAACUGGCAGUGUUCAAGACGAUACUAAAGGAAUGGCUUCAGCUAAAGUUACUCAAAGGACUCCAGAGAAAAUUGAACAGGCUAGAGCCAUCAUGGAUGCUGAACCGUCAACCUCAGUACGACAACUCGCUCAACAAGUCGAUGUUAGUGUAGGCACAGCUUGGCGAAUCAACCGAAAAGAUUUGAACAUUUUUCCCUAUAAAAUGCAAGUUGGACAGCCAUUGGAACAAGAGUCUUGCGAGAAAAGAGUUGCUUUUGCCAAUGAAAUUUGCGAAGUUCUUGACACGCCUGAUUCACCUAUGGAUCCUUCUAAGAUAAUUUUUUCGGAUGAGGCGCAUUUUUGGCUCAAUGGUUUUGUAAACCGCCAAAACUAUCGCAUUUGGGGAAGCCAAAAACCAGAAUUGGUGGUAUCAAAGCCCCUUCACCCUCAGAAAAUUACUGUUUGGUGUGGUUUAACAGCGUCUGGAAUUGUUGGCCCUUUUUUUCUUGAGCAAACGAUAAACUGA